UUUAUUUCUUUUCAAUCUUUCCAUUCUAGACGUGUGCUUGUUCUCGUGUUGAGCUAAGGCCAAAAAGGCGACUUGCACCAAAAGUUUUAUUCAAACUUAUUUAAAAAUGACUUCCAACGCUGAGCUAGCUUGUGUUUAUUCCGCACUUAUCUUGGCGGAUGAUGAUAUUGCCGUUACCGGUGAGAAAAUCCAAACUAUCCUGAAGGCUGCCAACGUAGACGUUGAGCCCUACUGGCCUGGUCUCUUUGCCAAAGCUUUGGAGGGUGUCAAUAUCAAGGAACUCAUCACCAACAUCGGUUCUGGGGUAGGUGCUGCUCCAGCUGGUGGAGCUGCCCCUGCAGCUGCACCUGUCGCUGCAGCGGCUGCCCCGGCUAAAGAAGAAAAGAAAAAAGAGUCUGAACCAGAAGAAAGUGAUGACGAUAUGGGUCUUGGACUCUUUGAUUGAAGUACAUUUCUUUUUGUAACUUAUGUCGUAAGAAUAAAAUUUGUUUUUUAAA